GCAUCUUGCUUUCUUGUCUCACCCGAUGAAUACUUAGUUGAUAAACAGGGCUUGAGCGUUGAAGUUUUAUUUUUAAUGGUAGAAUAUGGGUGGUUAUGGUAGCGUUCGUCGAAGUUGCAUUGAACGUUUAAAUGUGUGAGAAUGGUCGUGGAAAUUAAUAUGUGGCUAAACUAACUCUCAGUUAGGACUGAGAAGAACAAACUGCACGUGCCUGUCCUCGUCUCAACUAGACCAUGGGGUCAUUCCGAAAGCCCAGGCCCCGUUUCAUGAGCUCGCCUGUGCUGUCCGACCUCGCCCGCUUUCAUGCCAGCUCGCCCGCACUGCAGCUGUCCAACGCCAGUGUUUGGAACAGUGUUCAAACAGCUGUAAUUAAAGUCUUCCAAGGUGGGGGGCUACAGUCCAAUGAGCUCUACACCCUGAAUGAAAGCAUUAGGUGGCUUUUGAGGACCGAGCUGGGAUCAUUUAUCACUGAAUACUUUCAGGAUCAGCUCUUGAAUAAGGGUCUGACGUAUAUUUUGGAGAAGAUUCAGCUUCACAACGAUGAAACUCGUCUCCGAGCGCUGUCUGAGAUGUGGGUGAGGUUUUUCACAGACAUCCUGCCAACUCUUCAAGCUAUUUUCUACCCCGUGCAGGGUCAGGAGUUGACUGUGAGGCAGAUGGCUCUGCUAGGCUUCAGGAACAUGGUUCUGUUGAAGCUUCCUGUGGACGACAUGCUUCAGGGCUCCUCAUAUCCUCCUCCAAUCACACAGAUGCUGCUGAUCCUGCAGGGUAUUCAUGAACCUAAUGGACCUACGCAAGAGUAUUUCCGGCUCGAGAGGCUAGUGGACAUGGUUAUAUCUCCCUACCUGAGUAACUACCUCUACAUGAACCCAAGCGAUUCCUCUUCAGAGGACCAUCUGGAAGGCCUGAGGUUAGUUCCCACUCCACACCUCAGUCAACCUGAGAUUAUGGUGACACAUUGUGCCCACGAGUCUUUCCUGGCACCUCUAAUCGAACACGAGGGUGAAGCCUACUUGGAAAGGACCGGUGGUGGCCGACGACACACAGUCGCCAAUGUGCAUUCAGACAUCCAGCUCCUGUCCAUGAAAAACAGGAUGUGUUCAGGAAAAGUGGAGGUCAGUGACAAGAGACCAAGAAAAGAGACCAAAAGGACAGCUAAGACUUUCUGCAGUGAACCGGCCUUUUUUGACUCACGGCCAGGUGGUGUGGAAAUCCUUAGAGGGAAAAGCACUGCAGAGAUGAAGUGUGGCCUAACUGGUUAAAAAAGCCUCUCUCUCACGAUCUCAAAACACCCACUGAGAUCUUGUAUAGUUACGAUAACUGAGACAAGCUAGAACGUGUACGCUUAAUACAAUAUGGACUCUUCUGCUGUGAAAAUGUGAGCUGUGUUGUGUGCUAAAUACUGUUUGGCCUGUCAGUGUAGCCUGUUUUUAAGAGCUUGGAGGGUGGAGGUUGGCUGAAGAUGCUUUCGCUUCAGCCGUUUCUUGUAAAGUACACCGAACGUCACACUUCUUUCUGUCGUGGAGGUGGUAAAGCGGUGUGAAAGUAUGCUGGUGAGCAAACAGUUUACAAAGGUACAGCCGAAAGCAUACUGAGACAAACUAACGACACUUCCUUACAAUUAACGUCUUUAUCUUAAGCGGUCUUACCGUUUCAUUUCUAUGUAGUAGAAACUAAACAUGCUGACAUGAGGAAAAAGAAGAUUUUUAGUCUUUUUUGAAUGUUUUGUUUUAUUUUAUGAAAUGUUAAUAUUUAAAAACAUUUAAUUUAAAAUAAUUAAAAAGGAAAAUUCAAUGUGUGUGUGUAAAAUAAUGUGUAUUUUUGUAGUAAUGCAUUUUUUGGAGAAAGUGUUUUUGAAAUCAUUCUUGAUUGUUCCUUCGGCUCUGGGCUGUACGUCUAAGGUUUGAGUAGAUGUCUUUAGAGGUCCAUGUGAGCAUUUCUUUGCGGCUCUGGCAUACAGUUUAGAGUUCCUUGAGCAGAUUAGCUGUUAAGGAGCUUUAGAUGCUGUUUUCAACGUCAACAUCACCUCAGAAAGCCUUUGUGGCGGUGUUUCAGAUUGUGAGCUGCCAAAGAGCUUAGUUGCAAGUGUACUAAUCAAGGACUUUUGACCUUGGUUAUGUGUUCAUCAAAGACCAUGUUUUGUUUGCUUUUUGGGAUUUUAUUUUGUUAUUUUAGCUGGGUUGAAUGCAUAAUAUGAAUAUUUAAAAACAUAAUUUUUAAUUGAAUUUGGAGUGAAAAUGUGCUUAAUGUCACAAUACAUAAAAAAAAUAAUUCAAAAAAACAUAAUUUUCAUCUUUGUGUGUGUGUGUGUGUUUUAGAUCUGGCAGAAGGAGCCAGACAGUUUCUCUUCUGACUGCUACUGUAAGAAAGUUCGCUGUAAUCUUAUUUGAGGUGAUUACUUCAGUAAUGCAUUCCUAUUAAGAAGAUAGGGAAAUUGUGGAGCCGAAGGGUAUGAAUUGACUGGUCUUUGAUGCCAUCUCCUGGAAGGUUUACUUGACUGCAGCUCACAGUCAGUAAAUAAAAAUGAGUUCCUGUUUCUUACAUUUCUAUUUUUAGAGUCAAAAGCUGAGAGUAGAGUACUAUAUUCAAAUUUGAAAACCAUUCAAAAUCAUUAAAACAGCUACAUUAGCAGUGGGAAGUUUAAUUGUUGUUUUUUUAAUACAGUGGGGGUCAAAAUUAUUAGAACAUUAGUAUUUCGACCAGCUAAAAAAAUAAUAAUAAUCCAGUGAGAGGUUGUUUGGAAAUGUACACUGAUAUUUCCUACUGACACACUUAAAACCAUUUUUAGCUGGUGAAAAUACUAGUGUUCUAAUAAUAUUGGCCACCACUGUAUCUCUUUAAUCAGAUGCUACAGUGAAUAUGACUACAUUUGGUCAUUCUUAUAUUGCAUUUUGUCUUGUAUUAUUGUUUAUAACAUAAAAGAGCCCAUUUUACGUUAAGUUUAGUGUAAUUCUUAUUCUAUAGGCCAUAG